AUGCCUCGAGGAAAGCGACAAGCGCUACCCGGCCUCGCUCGACACCGUGCUGGCCAUGACGCCAUUCUCUACUGGCUCACCGAGUCCUUCAACCGCGCCAUGUUGGAAUACCGAGCGCUUGCGGGGACGGUCGGCGGGCCCGUCACAGUCUUCCCCACUUCCCCGGCCACGCCGUUUGGAUCCUCGGCGUUCCCCGGCGAGAUCUCCGCCCCUCCGCGGGCUUGGGCCGAGCAAUUGAUUACGAACCUUGUGUUUUACAAGCCCCACGAGCGAGCAAGUCGUCCACACCUGCCGUGCGUGGGCGGACACUUCGCGCCGAACGGCACUGACUCAGUGCACGACAAGCUGUACCUGCAUCGAAAAGUGGGCCCCCGACUCCGGCUCCGCUCCGAGCUGUGGGGCGGCCGGACGGCCCGGAAGGGCUUCUAUGACACCCGCCUGGUCUCCACGUCGGCCGGUCUGGCCCGUUCUCGAUACCAUUGCCUGAUCAGCAAGUUGCAUGCCUGA